AUGAUCGGGAUUCUUAAAGAAUGGUAUGCCAACUUGGGACCAGUUCGCCAAAACAUGUUCCAUGACCUAGGAAACACUGCUACAAUUCUUGGCACAAUACAUGAAGAAUUCAUAGGUGAUGGAACACUCACAGACAGGAAAAUAAGACAAGAAUUAUUUGAGAUGAAAUGUUGUUCACUAAAGCUGAAGGAUCUUGAUAAGCACUACCUAAGGAUGCUUAAAAGAUUCUAUCUUCUCAAUGGUCUCAAUGAUCCAAGUCUAAAAAGCACCUAUGUAAGCUCACUUCCUACAGAGGUCCAGCCAGAACUCGCUAGAAUGGCUGCCGCCGCUAACAAGGACUUUACAGCUUUAACAAUGGGUCGGAUUCAUCAGAUGACCCAAGAAGCUGUAGAUAAGCUCUAUCAUCAGCAUGAGUAUUUCUCAAACAUGCUAAGAGAUAAGGGAAAAUAUGUCAGAGCUUGUGGAAAAUCUUUCUUGGAGAUUAAAUGCAAAGAUAAAGACAGAUGUCACUGUCCAAAGAAUAAAUUUAAAGGCAAAAAAUUCAGUAAGAGGAGACAUACAAAGCCUUAUAGGUUUUUCAGGAGAAAAAAGAUCUGUGGAAGAAGCCCAGGACAAAGAUGUUACAUUUGUGGAAAAACAGGACAUUUUGCUAAGUCCUGCCCAAACAAAGCUCAGAAAGCCAUAAGAAUGAUCACAUCCUUACACCUGGAUGAUCAAGACGAAGUAGAAUCUCUCUACUCAGAGCAAAGCUCAGCAGACAAAGACACUGUGUUUGCCUUACAAGAAUAUUUCUCAGAUGAUUCCAGUACUGAUACAGAUGACUCUAGCCAAGAGAAAGAAUCAGUUCCAGUCUUCGCCAUCGAUCAAAUUGAUAAUAUGGCAACUGUUCCUCCUCCACAUCCCAAUGUGGAAAUUGAAAUAUUACCCUCCAAAUAUGAGAAACCCAUCAAGGUAAUCGGUUUCCUUGAUACCGGGGCACAAAAGACCAUGAUGAAUCCAGAAAUCUUGCCAUCUGAUUUCUGGAAAAAGGAGACUACAUACUUUAUAGCUGCUGAUGGAAAAACCUUUAAAACAGAGGUUAUUUCCCGAGCACCGGUUGGCAUCUGA